UCCCAAGCAAAGUAUCAUCACCGCGCUGCUCUAUCUUCCUUUAACUCUUCAACAACACUUUUUUCUCUCUUUUCAGCUAAUUUAUAGAUCUGCAAUUGACAAAUAUAUGAGUAUCUCUCUAAUCAGCCAUGGAUCACCUCUUCUUCACCACUCUUUUCCUUUUAUUCCAACCACUUGUUCUAAUACCAGUUCAUAGCUAUGGCCAUGCCAAUUCCUGUAGAUCCUUCUGUGGAACCAUUACCCUCGAUUACCCUUUUGCUCUCCAACCAGGCUGUGGCCAUCCCGGCUUUCGGGACCUCCUGUUUUGCAUCAAUGAUGUUCUUAUGUUCCAUAUCAGUUCCGGUUCAUAUCGGGUACUAGACAUAGACUAUGCUUACCAAUCCCUCACAUUACACGACCCUCACCUCUCAACCUGUGACUCACUUGUCCUGGGAGGCCGCGGUAACGGGUUCGUGGUUGACCACUAUCGUGUUCCAUACCUGAACCCGACCGCGGACAAUGUGUUCAUGCUCAUAGGUUGUUCUGCUGAAUCGCCACUGUUCCAAGGCUUCCCAGGAAAGCACCUACCAUGUCGAAACGUUUCGGGCAUGGGUUGUGAGGAGUACUAUGGGUGCCCAGCCUGGAAUAUAAUUGGGCCGAAGAGGGAGGGAUCAGUGUACGGAUCAAGCCUACCACCUGUUUGUUGUGCGGUCUCAUUCGAGGCCAUGAAAGCUGUGAACCUCACGAAGCUCGAUUGCCAGGGAUAUAGCAGUGCGUACAGUCUAGCGCCGCUUCGGGUGGCAGGUCCCGCAGAAUGGUUGUAUGGGAUACGAGUGAGGUACUCUGUGCAAGGGAAUGAAGCUUUCUGUAAGGCUUGUGAAGCUACUGCUGGGUCUUGUGGGUAUGAUGUUCAUGGAGUUAGUGACUUGUGCAUGUGUGGGAGCUGGAAUUCCACAACAAAUUGUGAUUCAGUCCACUCAUCAACAUAUAGAGGAUCAUGGUCUUCAAUGCACAUAGUAGCAGGGGUUUUGCUCUAUAUGAUUAUAUGGAUGACAUCCUUCCCGAGUUGAAUAAAAAAUCGAAAUUCGGCAUCCGGUGCAUUACCCUCGGUUUAAAUUGUUGCAAGCAACUGUGUUGACAGUUGCAUAUGUUACACAAGAUUGCAGAGAGAGAGAAAGAAAGAGAGACUCGACAAUUUGUAACCAGAUUCUCGACAAAUUGGGAUUUGAAAUUAAGUAACAGACACAUUACUCUAAUUAUAACGAAAGAAUUUUGUUACAGUUCUUAUUUUAGAUUAUUAGUAGUGCAGCGUAAUAGUAUAAUUGC